AUGCCCCACCAUAAGCUCAAGCGUUGCCGCUACGAGUCAGACAGCGAGUCCGACGAAGCCCCAGCGCCCAAGCCCAGGGUGCCCCUACUCCCUCCCACAAUAUCCGCCGCCUCCUCGAGCCUCCUCGCCGACCCCAGCGUGUCCCCGACCGCCACCCGCCUCCUCGAGGCCAUGUACCCCACCGCCGUCCCCGCUCUCGCGUCGGACAUCCGCACCCGCUUCGCCGCCGCCCUCGCCCCCGUCCAAGCGCGCACCGCGAACGGCAAGGGCGUGGACCUCAGCGACCUGACCGACUACGUCGGCGCCGCGCUGCCGCUGCUCCCAGACGUCGCGCGCCUCGCGCGCGUGCCGUACCCGGGCGCGGCGCGGGAGGCGUACACGGUGUUGAUUGAGCUCGUGCUCGCGACGGACCCGGUGGAGGACUGCGCGAUCGCCGCGCCGCAGGAGCGCGUGCCGUUUGACGAGGUCGUGGAUGAUAUACUGGUGAAUAUUUCGGAGCAGCGCAAGGCGGAGGAGGGGGCGGGCUUCGUGGUUGGGGACGAGCUGAAGGCGCUGAAGAAUACGGCGGCGGGGCUCAGGUGGCAUUACGAUAUGAAGACGUCGUUUGCGAAGUCGAUUGCGCUCUUGGAGGGGUAUGCGGCGGAGCAGGGGGCGGCACAGGCUUGA